AUAGGGAUCCUUGCUCACCCAAUGGAUCUGCGUUUUCUCACGAUUACAUCGAUGAACUCUCUUGAACCACACAAUCUCCACCUCUCGAGCUUUCUCAGCCGUUCGAUCAAUCUCUUAUCUGUAAUAUUUUCAUAUGCUGUUGUGUGUGUGUGUUUACUGGUUCGGGUAGAUGUGUGGAGAUUUUAGAGUAAGCGAGCGAGAGAGAGAGGAGAAAAUCUUCAUUCGGCAGCGCAAUCGUUUCUCUCUCUAAAGCCCUAACUUUCUCUCGCUAUCUCUAUAUCUAUAUCUAUAUCAUCUACACAGACAUAGCAAGUGAAUCCCGGGUUUUGAAGAUCUGAUUGGUAUUUUUUUUUGUGAUGGAAAAUGGGGUUGGGAUUGUUGAUGGGUCUCGUUUGGAAGACAAGAUUGUGGAACAUGAGGUUUUGGAUUCGAGAGUAGAAGGAAGGGGUGUGGUUGGGUCUGAUGAGUUGAAGGAUGUGGAAGUGGACGAAGUUUUUGAGGAGGCGAUUGGGGUUGACACACCGAGAGUUUAUUCUGUUGUCAAUCAAGAUGAUGUUGUUGAGGAGGUUGGGGAUUUGGGUGGUUCAGUAGAGAUUGAAGAGAACUCAGAUGUGGGAAGUGAUGUUGAGAAGUUUGAAGAGGCAAUUGGGGUUCCUGUUGAGGUUGGUAAUUACGAGGAGGAGCUGCCAGUUGGUGUUGAAGAUAAGGUGGAGGAGGGUUUGGUGGGUGGGGAGCCUACUGAUGAGGCAGCAGUGCAGGAAGUCAUCGAUGAGGAAAGUGUAGCCGAGAAAGUUGUGAGUGAUGAAAUGAAUCAAAUGGAGAAUGAUGUAAUGGUAAGUGCUGGAGAGCAUGCUGAUAUUGCUGCUGCUGGUGAAAAUGGACAUCAGGUGGAUCAGAAGUCUGAUGUAGUUGGUGAGAAGUUUGAAAAUGAUGUUUCAGAUAUUGUGAGCUUGGAGGCAACACCGGUUCGUGAAAUCUCAGGUAAUGGACAUGCCAACAAGGAGGCAAUGCUGAUUGAAAAAGAAUUAGAAACUGGGGAUGCCAAAAUUGUGCAGGGAGGUGACCCUGAUUUUCAGCAGGAGGUUGGAUCGACUGGGGAGUUUUGCAUCAAGUUGGAAAGAGUGAGGAAGUUGAAGGAGAACCUUGGGUUUAUUGGAUACUGGGCAUCAGGAUUACAAGAGCUGGGAAAAUAAGAUGCUGUAGCUUCUGAGAUUCAAAUUGAUAAGGUUGAAGAAGUAAGGGACAGUUUGGUUAACUUGGACGUGGAACCUAAAGAUGAUCAGAGUAUGGAACUGAAGGUUGAAGUUUCAGCAAGCCCAGUUCUGUUGCAUCACAGUGAUAAAAAUGAGGAACUGGAGGACACAGCUAAGUUGGGUUUGGGAAAGCAGGAUGAUGGUAGUGAACUGAAUGGUACUUCAGCUACUACAGAUUCAGAUCACCAUGGAAUAAGUUUAAAACCUGAAGAUAAGCUACAUACUUUUGUGGAGGGAAGGGAAGUAACUCCGGAGGUUGAUAAAUUUCCUAUUUCAGAAGAUUCUGUGGUGGUGACUGAUGAGAAUGUUCAGGCUAGUGCAUCUAAUUUGGGAGCAAAAAAAAUUGAGGGCUAUAAACUUCAGCAUGCAGACAAAGUUGUUGAAGCUUCCAAUGCUGUGGCCAAGGUGCCCGAAAACAAAGUAGCCAAAGAUGAGGUCAAACAUAUUACUCAAGGGAAUAGAGAACGUGAAAUCAAGCCCGCAGCAGAUGUUUCCGUGGCCUCUAGAAAACCUGCAAAUUCUACCCCUACACCUGCUCGUCCUGCCGGCCUUGGUCAUGCUGCCCCACUACUGGAACCUGCUUCUCGAGUUUCACAGCAGCCUCGGAUGAAUGGAACAUUAUCUCAGAUGCAAAACCAACUCAUUGAAGACCCAGCAAAUGGGGAAGCUGAUGAAAAUGAUGAGACCCGUGAAAAACUCCAGAUGAUAAGAGUGAAGUUCUUGCGUCUUGCUCAUCGGCUUGGACAGACUCCCCACAAUGUUGUUGUAGCUCAAGUCUUGUACAGACUAGGGCUAGCUGAACAGCUGCGAGGGAGAAAUGGGAGUCGUGUUGCUGCCUUCAGCUUUGACCGUGCUAGUGCAAUGGCAGAGCAACAAGAAGCAGCUGGGCAGGAACCCCUUGAUUUUUCCUGCACAAUUAUGCUUCUUGGAAAAACAGGAGUCGGGAAAAGUGCAACCAUCAACUCCAUAUUUGAUGAGGUUAAGUUCAGCACUGAUGCUUUUCAGAUGGGUACAAAGAACGUUCAGGAUGUUGUCGGAACUGUCCAGGGGAUCAAGGUAAGGGUAAUUGACACACCAGGUCUUCUACCAUCACGGUCAGACCAACGCCAGAAUGAAAAGAUCCUGCACUCUGUGAAGCGGUUUAUUAAGAAAACACCCCCUGAUAUUGUUUUGUAUCUUGAUAGGCUGGAUAUGCAGAGCAGAGAUUUUGGUGACAUGCCACUCUUGCGUACGAUCACUGAGAUAUUUGGGCCAUCAAUUUGGUUUAAUGCAAUUGUAGUUCUAACUCAUGCAGCAUCAGCUCCACCUGAGGGCCCAAAUGGCACUGCUACAAGUUACGACGUGUUUGUCACUCAACGAUCUCAUGUUGUCCAGCAAGCAAUUCGCCAGGCAGCUGGGGAUAUGAGGCUCAUGAAUCCUGUUUCUUUAGUUGAGAACCACUCGGCUUGCAGAACAAACAGGGCUGGUCAGAGAGUCUUACCAAAUGGUCAGGUUUGGAAGCCCCACUUGUUAUUACUCUCCUUUGCGUCAAAAAUUUUGGCUGAAGCAAAUAAACUUCUAAACAUGCAAGAUAGUCCACCUGGAAAGGCUUUUGGUACUAGAACAAGAGCACCUCCUUUACCUUUUCUUCUCUCGUCGCUUCUCCAAUCAAGACCACAGCUAAAGCUGCCAGAAGAGCAGUUUGGUGAUGAUGACACCUUAGAUGAUGAUCUGGAUGAGUCAUCUGACUCAGAUAAUGAGUCAGAAUAUGAUGAGUUGCCACCAUUUAAACGGUUGACAAAGGCCCAGCUGGCAAAGCUUACUAAAGCUCAGAAGAAAGCAUAUUUUGAUGAGCUGGAGUAUAGGGAAAAACUUUUUAUGAAGAAGCAGUUGAAGGAAGAGAAGAAGCGAAGGAAGAUGAUGAAAAAAAUGGCAGCUGCAGCUAAGGAUUUGCCAAGUGACUAUAGUGAGAAUGUGGAAGAAGAAAGUGGUGGUGCAGCAUCUGUUCCAGUUCCCAUGCCGGAUUUGGCCCUACCGGCUUCUUUUGAUUCUGAUAAUCCGACUCAUCGUUACCGGUAUCUUGAUUCUCCCAACCAGUGGGUUGUGAGACCUGUUCUAGAUACUCAUGGUUGGGACCAUGACAUUGGGUAUGAAGGUGUUAAUCUAGAAAGUUUGUUUGUGGUUAAACAAGAGAUACCUGUGUCUUUAUCUGGCCAGAUUACGAAGGAUAAGAAGGAUACCAAUUUCCAAAUGGAAAUAGCUAGUUCAUUAAAGCAUGGCGAGGGCAAAUCUACUUCUUUAAGUUUUGACAUGCAGACUCUUGGAAAGGACAUGGGUUAUACACUGCGCAGCGAGACAAUGUUUUGUAAUUAUAGGCGAAAUAAGGCAACAGCGGGUCUUUCAGCAACUCUUUUGGGUGAUGCCUUAACAGCAGGAGUGAAAGUUGAGGACAAAUUAAUUGUUAACAAAAGAUUCCGGUUGGUUGUGUCUGGAGGUGCCAUGACAGGUCGUGGUGAUGUUGCUUACGGUGGUAGUUUGGAGGCCACCUUGAGAGAUAAAGAUCAUCCUCUGGGUCGUUCACUAUCAACUUUUGGGCUAUCUGUCAUGGAUUGGCAUGGAGAUCUUGCCUUGGGAGCAAAUAUGCAGUCCCAGAUUCCUAUUGGACGGUUUACAAACUUGAUUGCUCGUGCCAGUUUGAAUAAUAAGAGUUCAGGGCAAGCCAGUAUCCGCUUGAAUAGCUCAGAACAGCUUCAAAUAGCUUUGAUUGGCCUCCUUCCACUACUGAGAAAGCUAUUAGGUCAUCCUCAACAAUUGCAGUUUGGACAAUGAUGAAAAUUGGGUUAUAUAUGCUGCAGCAGCCAUGUGCUGGGUAAAGGGAAAUAACUUCCAAAAUGGCCAUGUCCAGCGUGAGUAUAACUCUGCUGCUUUAUUUCUUUUCACUCCCCUGCAAUGCUUUUAUUAUGGUAAGCGUAGUUUUCUUGUUAGAUAUUUGAAUUUGGUGUUUUUGUUCCAUCUGAGCUUAAUUAUGGACAAUUUGAUGCUGCUUCUUCAAUCAUACCUUUGUUAUUAUUUAGUCAUAAUGGGUGUGGAAUUAAAUGUAUUUCAGCAGUGUUAAUGCGUUCUGCCCCUUGAUGUCUUUUCUAGUUUCUAUGAUAACCUCUUCAUUGAAAUUAUGUUCAUAUUUCUUUAUUGCUUAUGCUUAGCUCAUUGUAUAAGGCAAUAAAAACAUUCAGUUUCUCA